GUUGAUCGUAACGUCCAGUCUCCUUCCAUCAGCUGAGAAACGGAGCACAGCAGCACGAUGAGAGAGAGGUGAGGCGGGAGAGGCGCCUUUAAAACACUGCAAAGAUGGAGGACGAUCUGGUAUCGGAGGAUGAUAUCUUGCUCUGGUCAGAGAAGGAGUUCCACGAUGCUGCAAAGAGGAAUGACACAGGGAAAAUGCAGGAACUGAUGAAGAAGGGCGUGGACUUCAAAGCCAAAAAUAAAAUAGACCGGAAAGCACUGCACUGGGCAGCAGGAGCUGGGAAUGAACAGGCGCUACGUCUCCUCCUGGACCAUGACACUGAAGUCGAUGACAGAGACGUUUUUGGCAUGAACGCUCUGCUUCUGGCGUCCUGGUUUGGUCACCUGAAGAUCCUGCAGAUCCUGGUGUCCUGUGGAGCAAAGCUCAACUGUGAAAACAAAGAUGGCCUGAGUAUGCUUCACUGUGCUGCUCAGCGAGGCCACAUCCGAGUAUUGGAGUUCAUCAUGGAGGACCUGGAAGACAUCAGUUUGGACAGAGUUGACAAGGCAGGGAAGACAGCUCUUCAUCUGGCUGCUGAACAUGGACAGCUUGAAGUGGUGGAGUUUCUGAUUGGAAUGGGUUGCACACAUAGUUUGAAGGAUAAGGAAGAGAACACAGCCAUCCAUCUGGCAGCGAAACAUGGGCACACCGAGGUCCUGCAGAAGAUUGUGGAGACCGGAGUGGACAUCGAUGAGAGGGACAUAGAUGGUCUCACAGCACUGCACCUGGCAGCUGAUGGAGGACACUAUGACUGUGUCAAACUGCUGCUGGAGUACGGUUGUAAUGUCAAUUCACAAACUAAUAAAAAUAUGAAUGCUCUCCAUUAUGUAGCCCAACAUGGGUUUGACAGAGAGGCCAGCUUGCUUCUGGAGGCAGGAAUCAACAUCAAUGCUGUGGAUAAUCAACACAACACACCGCUCCACAUGGCCGUGUUCAACAACCACACAGAGGUUGUGCGGCUGCUCAUAGAUGCUGAGUGUGACCUGGACAUCACUGAUAGUAGACAGCAGACUGCUUUACACAUAGCAGCAGAGCACGGCUGGCAGGACCUGGCCGAGAUGAUGCUGAUUUCAGGUGUUAACCUCAACAUGACUGAUAAGCAGGGGAAGACAUGCCUGGAGGUGGCAGCCAGAGGAAACCAUGUCAUCCUGGUCGACAUGAUCAUCAAAGCCGACCGGUUUUAUAAAUGGGAGAAGGCUCACAUGGGCAGCGAGCAGGACUCCUGGGUAGGGAGGCCUCUGAAGUUCAAGCAGGACCACCUGCCAGAGACCCAGCACCUCCGCUCUGUCCUGUGGAGCCUGGCCACCAAGCACCUGUGUCGCGGGGAGUGGAAGAUUCUGGCUCAGCACUGGGAGUUCAGCGAUGCACACAUUCGAGCUAUAGAACAACAGUGGACAGGUAUGAAAAGCUUCAAAGAGCACGGUCACCGCAUGCUGUUAAUCUGGCUUCAUGGGGUCGUGGUGGCCGGGGAGAACCCCAUCAAAGGCCUUUAUGAGGGCCUGGUGGAGAUCUCCCGUACCGACUUGGCAGAGUGCGUCCGGCAGAAGGCAAAUGCAGAGCCCAGCUCUCCCAAAAUGUGCUCCGCAAUGUGAUCGACACUGUGAGUGACCGUGAAGGCAACACAACAAAUCCAGUGGUUUCAGUUCACAUCAGAUCUCCGUUAGACUGUUAAUGCUGUGAACUGAGCCAGUGAAAAAUGCUUUGUAUUGUCUUUGUAUGGCAUGACCCGUUUACACAUUCACACUACACUGUGAUUGUUCUGAACUUGGUUCACAGAGCAUUGAUUUUCUUUUAGGGUUUGGGAUAAAGUUGGUUGUAAACCUGGAAAACACCUGCUGAAAAUGUAAAAUAAGUUGUUUUUUUUUUUAGUGCAUGCAGUGAUUUUACCUGCUGACAUUAUUUACACUGUGCUGCAUCUGUACACAAAGGGCUUUGUAACACACAACAUUUCAGCUUAUUAUGACUACUUGUCGUUCAACCUCAUAUAAUUAUAAAUGAUGUCAUGGUAUCCAUAACUUAAUAAGGCCAGGUGUUAAUGGUGUUUAAUGAAUGUCACCUGCUAUGUGGUCAAUGGGAAGUGGAUCCUGAUCCACAUAAUAUUUACUACACAUUUGUUUACAUCCAAAGUACACAUGUAACAAACAUGGAAAAAAAAAUGAAAGCUUGGCUUAACUGAGGAAAUUUCAGCAUAAUUCAACUUGAAGCAUCACCAUGGUCAUCUAGUGAUCUAGUGAUGUUACUCUCAAAACAAACACGCAGUGUCGACCUUUCAAAGCAGAAGUAUCCUGGUUAAAUGUUGUCAGUCAAAAAAAAUGUUUUUUAUACAAUGUAAGAUUUAUUGAACAAAACUUAGAAAAGCGAAAGCUGUAAGUUGCAUUCUGACUGUUUGAUCAUGACCACAGAUCCUCAAAAUCUGUUCAUACCAAUGUAAUACCACGAGUUGCCCAGAAGAUGUCGCCAUUUUGACAGUGUCAUAUACAUGGAACCAGUGAACCACACCUACAUCAACUCAUUCAUCUGCAAGACACUUUUGUCUGAAGUAAUGUGCAAGUGAGGUACAGUCCAGGCCACAGUAGAUCAGAAGCCUUUCAGAAAAAGUGCCUCAACACAGUUAGAGAAGGGAUGAGGUCUGUCUGCCCACUGGCUCUUUGGCACCGGUGCUGGUCCUGAAACAUGAUCCUAUUUAUCAUUCUGGUUUUAGAGCAAAACAUCAUUCAGGACAGGGAUCUGACCAAAGGACCAUCAAAGGCCCCACUCUUCUAUCAGGUUAGUUUUACGGAGGUGUUGUUGGUGCUAACCAAGAGAGGAGGAUUUGAGGUGAAUGUUAGCUGUAGGAAGAGUGAGACAGACUGUACCAACUCAAGCUCCAGGUGAACUAGAUCAGCUGAUGAACCACCCCCACCUCCAUUCAGCCAGGGCAGCCUCCUGACAGUGGGAGGGGUGUUACAACUUCCAGAAAAAUAGUGUAUCCUUAUGUAGUGGCACGCUACAGUGAGGUUUGCAUCCAUAUUUAGAGAUGUCCACAUAGAAUCUGAUGCCUGAUGUCUGAUGACUGACUAACACAGCCUUGGCCUGAGUCCUCCUGCUUCCCUUUAAAACCUGAAAUGAGACAGGGAAUGCUUAGUUUUUAAGUGGUCACCUGCUUAAUUUUGCAUACAUACCUGCCUUGUGGGAAGAAUGUCACUCAGGUCCAGUCCAUGGAUCAGCUGCAAGUCUUAAAUGACUGUAUUCACCAAGGCCUCAUGCACCUCCUGCUCUCUGGAAACCAGGAAAAACACAUUAGUAUCUUUAACCCUUUCAUGCAUGAAUUAUGAGCACCUCAGUUAUGAUUUUUUUCCCAGUGUUUUUAUCCCUCUUUUGGUAAAGCAUCCAGCACACAAGACACUGCAUGCAGACAUACUUAUUUUUUGUGUGCAAGAAGCAUCAUGGCAUCUGUUGGCAUUUUUUGCUUUGGUGCACAAGCAUCCACCGUGUUGGCUGAUAUGAAACUAUAACAAUAACGCCCAUGCAUAUACAAGAGAACAGCUUUUGAAUAGCUGUCCACUGUAGUGACCACAAUGCAUGAAAGGGUUAAUUAUGUCUUAUAAUCAUAAAUGUCUUUGUCUAUUUAUAUGGUGAUGACAAAAGUAAAUGAUCUGUCAAACUCAACCACAAAACAACUUCAGCACGAAAGGUUCAGGUUUCACAGUGCUCAUGUCAACAGAUCAAACCAAGGCCUUGUUUGUUCGGUCCGGGUUGGGGUGGGGGUUCUUUUUAUAAUCUGAUAAUGUAGUAUUUCACUUCAGGAUAUAAUUGUUUAAAGAGAUUGAGACUUCUUCACUCCAUUAGGACUAGAAACAUAAGCAGAUCAGUUUGGCUAAAACAAAUCCUCAGUUUAAACCAAUUAUCUAAAGCACAGUUUUGGAAAGUAAAGUACUGCUCAGCGUGGACUCUGUCACUCAUAUUGUCUGCUGUUAACAUCCGUUAGCAUUAGUAAUAUGAAGUUCUGAGUCUUGGCUCAGCUUUAACCCACUGUGCCCACUGCAGCUGUGCAUGCAAUGAUUUAAUAAUGCAAAAAUUAUUUAAUUAAUUAUAAUGGAUGUGUUGAGCAGAAAA